CGCCUCCGCGCAUGCCCCGUGCGCGCGCAGACCCCGCGGCAGUGAUGGCGGCUCGGUGCGUGAGGGUGGCGCGGCACAGCCUUCCGGCUUUGGCGUUGUCUCUCAGGUCCUCUCCUCGGCUGCUGUGCACAGCUACAAAACAGAAGAACAAUGGCCAGAACUUGGAAGAGGACAUGGGUCAGAAUGAACAGAAGACAGAUCUGCCCUCUGCAGAGAAGACACUGAUGGAAGAGAAGGUCAAGCUGGAAGAGCAGCUAAAGGAGACCAUGGAAAAGUAUAAGCGAGCUUUAGCAGAUACGGAGAACUUGCGGCAGAGGAGCCAAAAAUUGGUGGAGGAGGCGAAACUAUAUGGCAUUCAGGGCUUCUGCAAGGACUUGCUGGAGGUGGCGGACAUUCUGGAGAAGGCAACACAGUGCGUCCCAAAGGAGGAGAUUAGAGACGAUAACCCGCACCUGAAGAACCUCUACGAGGGGCUCGUGAUGACUGAGGUCCAGAUCCAGAAGGUGUUCAGGAAGCACGGCUUACUGCGGCUGAACCCCGCGGGGGCCAAGUUCGACCCCUACGAGCACGAGGCCUUGUUCCACACGCCGGUUGAGGGCAAGGAGCCGGGCACGGUGGCGCUCGUUACCAAAGUGGGGUACAAGCUGCACGGGCGCACCCUGAGACCCGCCCUGGUUGGGGUGGUGAAGGCGGCUUAGCGGCCCCCACGGGCUCCUGGGCUUUGUUACCAUCACUCGCUGACUCAGGCCACUUCAUCUUUCCUCAGCUGCGGGUGCGCGUGACCUUUUCCUAAACCUUGUUGCCAGGCUUUAGUGACCAGUGGCUGGACAGGAAGUAAGCCAGUUGCACAGUUGUGUUAAUGAACAUUCGGGAGUUACUAGUUCCACGUGCUCACAGGACAGGCCGGCGGGAUGCUACCGGACCCUAGGGUAUCAGGAAAAACACCGUGUCUGCUCAAACUCUGGUGACGUCAGAGUAUUUCAAAUGAAUAAAAGGUCUUCAGGAGUCCUGCUGUUUGCUAGCUGGCUGCGCCGGCUGCACUGCGUCCUCUGCGUCUCACUGUAGCACGCGAGUUCCUGGACUGCUUAGCCACCACCCGUCACUCAGUGAAGGCAAGGCAAGAGUUUAAACAUUUUUCUUGCUAAGAGAAAUUGUACGACACCCUUGGUGAAGAACGCGUUUGCGUUCGUUUAUGAUCAGUUACUGUCUCGCUGCUAAGAGCGAUCGUCUUCUGGCUUUGGGAGGUGUGAGACCAGCGGGCACACCCUAACGUCCUCACCUCCUUAUUUUCCCAGUAACUGAAUUUGACACACUCAAGUUACUUUCGUCCUGUUUUGUUCAUCUCUUUAUAGAAAGGUUUAAAUCUAUACCCAACUAGUUACUAAUGACCAGAAGGUACUUUCCCCCUAGUAAGAUGGACUUCCUUAGAAAUCUGAGGGACUGUGUGCUUGGUUAUGUUUUAAAUGUUAAAUUUAAAAUUUUAUUUCAGAGGAUUGAAGCCCUGUUGUUUAUUUUCCUACGCUCUGCUAGCUGUGUGCUUUGGUGGAGGAGAUCCUUACUAAGCAGAGAAGUCUGGCUUAGCUUUCCGGGUCUUUGCUCAAAUCCUGCAGCUGUGCGCCUGACACACGUAAACGUGUUGGCUUCUGUCCCGGAAGGGGACCGUGGACACUUGGAAGCAGCAGCAAGGACACACGACCAGCAAGCGCUGGCCCUGUGACUCGCCGCCGGGCUCUCCGUUCCUCGCUUGAGGGGAAAAGUUGAAUGACUGAAGUAUUCUUAUAAACGAGGGGAAAAAAAGUAACCUUCCACUAGCUUUGCUUCUAAGAGGUACUUCUAGGAUUAAAGGUCAAUACUACGUAAGAAAGGUGGGUAGUCGAUUUGAAAGGUGUAGGUGAUAUUCCCAUAAUUAAAAUUCCAAUUUAUACCAUUU